AUGAAGUUGACUUCUAUUAGAGCUAGAGGCAGGCGCAGCGGUCCCUCGCUCAUAGUAUCCACAACUCCAGCAACUGUUCUUCGUCAUAUCUCAAAUCAAGAAAACGCCCCCCAACGUGCAAAGAGGCUGGCCAGCAAGCGUAAAUCGCUCUUGGAGCGCCAAAUCCCACUGGAAAUCAUGGAGCAGAUCUUCGUCCUCAGCGAGAAUCUCAACCUUCCACAUUGCAGCCCCCUCCUCGGUCGCCUCCUUUCAGGCCGCUCCACUCUUGUAAGGCUGUUUAUUGCUGCCUUCCAACCUACCUGGGAUUGCUGCUUUGGAGUCAACAGACAAGAGAUCAAAACUGUUCAUAAUAAGAGGGCCGAUAUGCAAGCUGACACAACGACUCCUUGGUGCUUCGAUUUUGUCUCUGAGUCAUAUUUUGGGGACCCAAAGUUUCAGUCAGGGAUUUUGGCGUGCCAAUGGCUGAGUAUGGACAUCAUUCUCGAAGCGCAGCGGGUUUGGGCCGGACGUUUUGCUUGCGACCGAUGGUUUUCACACACUCAUGUCAGCUUAGAGGAUGAGGACGCCAAGCACUGUUACCAUUCUACACAUAAUCGGAGUGGUGGUUUUGGCCAUUUUGAAUCAACCGGCUGCUUCGAAUAUGAUUGGGUUCAAUAUGGCACCAAUGGCGUCAAACCUUCUCUCAACUUUUACGUCGAUGUGCAUCCCCACGCCACCAUUCCUGACGAGCUAGUCAUGGGGCCAUGGACGACCCAGCAACAGAUGAUAUUAUUCUGGCUUCGCAGAGGGAGCGCAAGAAUUCAACCCAACUCGCAGACAUGGGAGAUUUUGCUGAAGGGCAUUCAAAACGCAGUCACUGACCGCAGCCCGAAUCACCAGGAUGGACGCCUCAUACAGAUGCUUUUGCUUCAGGAAGACUUCUUUCCGACUCAAAUUCUCGACAAAGACCAUUACAUCUGGCCAUUGGAGGUCUUGGACAAAGAGAAAACAAAGGUGAAGAGGAUAAUAGAGGAGCGGCAACGCAGCGGAGUCGCCUACCUGCCCGAGCUUGAUGAGCUGAACAAGCGCAUGGUUCACUACCGCCGUCGUGCACUCGACUUCUUGACUUGGCAGCAGAUGGUUUCCAUAGGAAAUACAUAG